AUGUUAGGGCUUCAUAAACUGAUUUCAAGUGCCACCAUUUUAAAAAUUUACAAAGCUUUUAUCCUACCGCAUUUUCAACACUACUCUACAGUUUGGCGUUAUUGUGGUGCACGUAAUGCAGAAAACUUAACCUCAAUUCGUUAAGUAGUAAGCAUCUCCAGUGCAUGUUCAUAUUGUUACAUAAGAGCUUGUUUGUAGAAAACUACCCAAAUUAUAUGAAAACCGUGUUUACUCUUCGUUCUGCAAAUUGCAACCUACGUGGUUACCACAUCCUGUCACUUUCUCAGCCGAUAACAACAACGUAUGGUCUACAUUCUACAUUCCCUACCUGCUGGCCUGA